AUGCCAAUUGACGAGCCGCAAUCGCCCAGCACAUCGAUGCCGAUACCAACGAACAUCCACGAGGAAAAGAGUAAAGCCGAAAGCCAUCAAGUGACCACCCCUGGCACCAUCACUCUACCCCACGAGCUCGAGCCCUCUACCGAGGAUUCUUUGGUAACCACACACAGUACCAAUACAAAGAUUGCGCGAAGCAUAGACGAAGGCGCACAAGGAAUACGGUACGGCAGUGCCACAAAUACCGAAAACAUCAGUGUCACCAAUGCAUUCAGCGAUCCCGACGCUGUAUGUGCCUGUCCACACAACUACAUGGAAAGCCCAGAGCUUGGCGAUACUCAAGUACACUCUCAAGUCCUGAUCAAAGGCAAUUCCUUAGACUUGAACCAGUAUGCAGCACCCACCGCCGAUAGGGCUGCUGCUGCAGACACCUUGUCUGAGACGGGACGCUCGCAAGCUAGCGGCAGACCAGAAUCUCUGCUCGUUUCACCUUUGACGCACCCAAAUGGUGUGGACAUGUUCCCGUCACUUUCCGCGACAGAGCAAGAACAAAUGUCAUGGGAGGCUUUCACUCAGGCGGAGGAAUCGAUUGUUGCGGAAGACGAAUCGCAUGGAUUUCGGGACGAUGCUUCGGACGGAGGAUAUGCAAGCGAAGGGUUUAGCUCUGGCAGUACUUCUGCAGAAUCUUCGGUCAGAGACUACAUGUAUGAGAACGGCCGCCGUUACCAUCGCUUUCGCGAAGGGGCCUAUAAUUUCCCCAAUGAUGAUGUGGAACAGGAGAGGGAAGACAUGAAACACGCAAUGGUGAAGCUGCUCUGCGGCCAGAAGCUGUUCUUUGCACCGAUUGGUGAUAACCCACAACAAAUCCUGGAUAUAGGUACCGGAACAGGCAUUUGGGUAAUUGAAAUGGGCGAUCAAUUUCCCAGCGCCAGUGUUCUUGGUAUAGACCUUUCUCCAAUUCAACCUGACUGGUUACCGCCCAAUGUUCGGUUUAUCGUUGACGAUGCCGAGUCUCCCUGGCUUUACCCUCGUAACCAUUUUGAUUACAUUCACUCUAGACACACCGUCAUGGCCUUGAAAGAUUGGAUGCGACUCUUCCGCCGAGCACUAGAGCAUCUAAAACCAGGUGGCUGGAUUGAACUGCAGGAAAUUCACCAUUCGCCUCGAAGUGCAAAUCUCGAUGCGGUUCUAUCUGAAAAUCAUGAAGUUGCUCAGUUUUGGUCUCACGUAAGUGAAGGACUGGGAAACCUGGGUGUAGAUCUCAACAUCUCUUCAGGCGGCCAAUUGACCAAGAUGCUGCAAGAAGCUGGCUACGUGAAUGUCACUGAGCGAGUUUUUCAUGUACCAAUCGGCACGUGGCCCAAAAACAAGGUGCUCAAAACUGUCGGACUAUAUUGGCGCACGAUUCUCCUGGACGGUUUGCAGGCCAUUGCGCUUGGACCAAUGGUACGUGGACUAAAUUGGAAUCGCGAAGAGGUGGAAGUCUUCCUCACCGGCGUUAGAAGAGCUUACCAGGACAACGCCGCGCUCAUGUAUAUGCCUCUUCACAUCAUUUAUGCCCAGAAACCAGAGAACAUGGAGUGA